AUGACUGAUCGUUUAGAAAAUGUUGAUUCAAUUAAUGAGGUGGCAAAUACAUCAAACAAUACAGAUAAUAACUCUGUGAUCGGAGAUGAAGUUUCAAAAUUGUCUACCCCAAGUAAUAAGGUCUCUAAUGAUAAUUUCGAAAAACAGCAAGAUGAAGGUGUUGUUGAAAAACCUGAUAUUCCAAUUAAACCAGCUUCAGCAUAUGUCGGUGUUUCCUUAUUAUGUGCGAUGAUUGCUUUUGGUGGUUACGUUUUCGGUUGGGAUACUGGUACCAUUUCUGGUUUUGUUGCCCAGACUGAUUUUGUGAGAAGAUUUGGUUCAUAUAAUAAUAACACUGGUACAUACUAUUUAAGUGAUGCAAGAACUGGUUUAAUUGUCUCUAUUUUCAAUAUUGGUUGUGCCAUCGGUGGUAUCACUCUAGGUAGAUUAGGUGAUAUGUAUGGUAGAAAAAUUGGUUUGAUGGCUGUUACUGUUGUCUAUGUUAUUGGUAUUCUUAUCCAAAUCUGUUCUUUUAACAAAUGGUAUCAAUAUUUCAUUGGUAGAAUUAUUUCUGGUUUAGGUGUUGGUGGUAUUUCUGUUUUGUCACCAAUGAUGAUUGGUGAAACUUCUCCAAAACAUUUAAGAGGUACUUUGGUUGCAUGUUACCAAUUGAUGAUUACUUUGGGUAUCUUUUUAGGUUAUUGUACUAAUUACGGUACUAAGAACUACAGUAACGAAGUGCAAUGGAGAGUUCCAUUAGGUUUAUCGUUUGCCUGGGCUCUAUUCAUGUUGGGUGGUAUGACUUUCGUCCCAGAAUCUGCUCGUUACUUGUGCGAAAAGGAUAGGAUUGGAGAUGCCAAAAGAUCAAUGUCUGCAGUUAACAAGGUUUCCAUUGACGACCCAUCAAUUCAAACUGAAAUUGAUGCUAUCAUGGCUGGCGUUGAAGCUGAAAGAUUAGCUGGUAAUGCCACCAUCAAAGAAUUGUUUUCUACUAAGACUAAGGUGUUCCAAAGAUUAAUUAUGGGUAUUAUGUUACAAAGUUUGCAACAAUUGACAGGUGAUAACUAUUUCUUCUACUACGGUACCACUGUUUUCAAGGCUGUUGGUUUAGCUGAUUCAUUCCAAACAUCCAUUGUUAUUGGUGUUGUUAACUUUUUCAGUACAUUUGUCGGUAUUUGGGUUGUUGGUCGUUUUGGUCGUCGCACUUGUUUACUAUGGGGCGCAGCCACUAUGACAGCUUGUAUGGUUGUUUUCGCAUCUGUUGGUGUCACAAGAUUAUGGCCAGAGGGCGCCAACCAUAAGGAUAUUUCAAGUAAAGGUGCCGGUAACUGUAUGAUCGUUUUCACAUGUUUCUAUAUUUUCUGUUUUGCUACUACCUGGGCCCCAUUAGCAUAUGUUGUUAUUAGUGAAUCUUAUCCAUUGAGAGUUAAAUCCAAGUGUAUGGCUCUUGCCACUGCUGCCAAUUGGAUCUGGGGUUUCUUGAUUUCAUUUUUCACACCAUUUAUCACUUCUGCCAUUAAUUUCUACUAUGGGUAUGUUUUCAUGGGAUGUUUAGUUUUCAUGUUCUUCUACGUGUUUUUCUUUGUUCCAGAAACCAAAGGUUUGAGUUUAGAAGAAGUCAACGAUAUGUGGUUAGAAGGUGUUUUACCAUGGAAAUCUGCUUCAUGGGUUCCAGCAUCCAGAAGAGGCGCCAAGUACAAUGCCGAAGCCUUGAAACAUGACGAAAAGAAGGGCUUGAAGAGAUUCUUCUGA